UUUUUUUUUUUUUUGCCUCGUUGCAUCCGAGAGAGCAAGAUGGGUCACCAGCAGCUGUACCGGAGCCAUCCGAGGAAAUUUGGCCAGGGUUCUCGUUCCUGCCGCAUCUGCUCAAACUGGCACAGUCUAAUCCGGAAAUACGGCCUCAAUAUGUGCCGCCAGUGUUUCCGUCAGUACGCAAAGUAUGAUAUAGGCUUCAUUAAAUUGGAUUAA